UGACUUUGAUCCAUUACUUAGUCCUGGAUUCAGACCUGGAACUAUUUCACUUUUGAGAUCCACAGCAGAAAAAACACUGUUACUGAGGAAAAAAGUCAGAUUGAUGUUUUAGUUUUCUGGGUUAAUGGUAGACGAUGUGGUGAUUAUUUCAUUUAUUUACCUGGAAUCAUUUGAUCUAUUUAUACUUUUGAGGGGCCUGUAGGAUGUAGCCCUGGAAAAACCUCUACAGAUGCCUGGUGUUGUGGUUAUCGUACUCAGAUUUGGAGAUAACUGUACUAAUGCCACAAAUUAAAUUUUGAACUGUUAGAAAUUUUCUCUACCACCUAACAGCUGGAAGCAACUGAAGAUUUUAACUGUCUUUAAAAUGAACUAAGAGCCAAUCAGAGGAGACUUUACAUCAGAUGUUGCUGCUGUUGUUUUUUCUACAGAUCAUUUUGUAGCUGAACUGAGCUCCUCUUAAACAGCGUCAAGUUCUGAUGGAGACAUGAUGAACUGAAGACCAAUACCAGAAGACUUCUUUCUCUGAUAAAGUAAGAAUUCCUGGUCCUCUGCCCAGCCCUGGGUUCCCAGUCCCAUUCUUGCCUGUGACUUCCUGGUCCCCUCCUCACAGCCUCCACCCUCCAGUCAUGAAUCCCUACAGAAGUACAGACCUCAAUUCUUCUCCAUCUUCAUCUACCUCAUCUCCUCCGGUCAUCCAGACCGGUCACAGCUCUGCAACAGCUCCCCCUCCCCCCGAGGCCUCAUCAGACCAACCUGUCCAAUCACCAAGCUCCGACUUGUCCCUUCCAGCCUACAGUCCCAGAUCCAUACCUGAGUCCUUCUCAGUGUCUCCUUCCUCACAGAACCCUUACCCUCCCUUUGCCACCCUGUCCCAGCAGGUGUCUGUCACUGCAGUGUCCCCAGACCUCCGUCCAUCUCUCCAGUCUCAGUGUUCCGAGGAAUCCUGCCCGGAACUGGAGUGUGCCAUCUGCUUCAGCCAGUUUAACAAUAUCUUCCGCUGCCCUAAGAUGCUCCACUGCAAGCACACCUUCUGCCUCGAGUGCCUGGCGCGCAUCAACGUCAAGUCGGCAGAGCCCAGUGCCAUCCAGUGCCCGCUGUGCCGUGGCCUCACUCCGCUGCCCACCCUUGGUCUGCCCAAACUCACCACAGACCAGGGUGUGCUGUCCUACCUGCCAGCCGCUAUGCAGAGGGUCUACAGCAUCCGCUUCAUCCGAGACAAGGGGAAGCUGCAGGUCAAAAGGUCCACUGAUGGUUCUCAGCGUAGGGGUCGCAGGUCGCUGACAUCUCUGCGCUCCAUCAACAACUCUCUAGACGUGGGGCUUCCCAGUCCCAACCUGGAGGACCCCAGCCAGAUGAGCGGCAUGGGCGGAACUCUGUUUCGACUGACGGGCAGGCCCGCUUGCCGAGCCUUCCUCCUGAUGUCUGUGGUGAUGAUGUUGUUGCUGCUGUUGACCCUCAUUGUCUUCCUCCUCCUCUUUAAAUGAAACAGCUGAGUGACAUCACAUCUCGUCGUCCUACAGUAAGAACUGCUGUCAUGUCUGAACUGACUUCUCCAGUUUUAAUAAAGUUUUUACUGCUGUGGUUAAAACAACAAUUUGAAGAUGAUGAAACUCUGAACAGCUGCUCUGAAAGUCAUUUCAAGAUGUUCUGAAGUUCAAGAAGUUCUGGCAGCUUUUAGCCCUUUAAAGAGUGAAUGUUUGCUUCCGCCUGGUGAAACUAAAACUCUGCUCUAAACAUUGACAGGAAUAAAUUAAAUGAACUGAGCUCACACAGACUACAGAGGAACGACGAUCUCUUCCUAACUUUAGUCAAAACCGGUUCUAACUGGACCUUCAGAGGGGUUUGUUUCAGAUGGCUUCAGAUGUGUUUCUCCCCAAUAAUCACAAACAGGAGCUUAAAAGUUUGAGGGCUGACUUCAAGCUGACCAGAACAUUUCUGUUCACGAGGAUGCAAACGUCUAAACAUGUCUGCACCCUUUCACCCUCAUAGCUGUUUUGGUAUGUUUGGUCUGAAGAAGGGCCUGUCCUGGUGCCCUGACCACUGUCCUGGUAUCCCCCACUGGUAGGGUAGGCCGGGAGUCUUUUGAUCAGUUAAACGAGAUCAUGUUUUAACAAACCGGUCCUGACUGAAUAUUUGAACUGGAAAAAUGGCAGCAAAGCACACAUCCAAUUUUAAAAAGUUUGUUUCAGACCAUCAGACAUUCAGUUUGAGGCUAUUUUCUAAUGGAUUUUAAGCUCUGAAUUGUUUUAUUGUAAAAUGUAAAAUAAAUUAUUUUUAUAUAUUUAACCAUUUUAGCGAAGCUUGCAUUGUUACAGUUUUCUGGUGAACUUAAAUAAAUUUUAUUUUGAAACAGCUGAUUGUUAUUGCACAGUUUUCAUCCAUAUGAUGGUGAACGGAUCAUUUUCUGUCCCCACGUUUCGUCUUCAUCAGUGAUGUUUGGGGUAAACCAAAUGAUCCGCGUAACCAACAGAGACGGACGAAACUGUCCGUCCAUCUGCUUAUCCUUCGUAUCCGUCUUUUGCGUCGAGCAAUAAUGAGCCUUAAGACAGAAAAUAAAUAAAUGGACGGAGCAAUCGGGCAAAGGAAUACCUCGAUAAGACCCAGUCAUAGUUCAAAACUGACCCAUACGAGCACGAGGAGUGGUCCCAAAAAUCUAGUUUGUGUGCACACUGAUGAGGCUCCUGGAACCUGAGAGCCUUGGUUAAAUGUUCUGAUCCCAUUUGUAACUUAGUUCCACUUUGUUCCACAGUCCAGCAAUCCCAGUCCUCUUCAAAAGGUUUUUAUUGUUUGUACAGUCUGAAAGAACUGCAAUUCUAAUCAUUUUAGAAAUAAUAAUCCAUGUAUUUAAUGUUUUUAGUAUACCUACAACUACUUUCUUUGUGUUUACUUCAUAAAUGUGCAUUAUAUUGGACUACAGCCAUUGGAGGCUGACUAGUGAUUUGACUGGCUUUUUGUAAAUUUUGAUUUGAGUUUAUGGAAAGUUUUAAUAAUAUAGCGCUAAUAUUGUUUCUUUUUAUUGGAAAAAAACAUUUUAAACUUAAAAUAUUAUUAAAAAUAGUUUAAUAAUUCACUUGUUUACUUUCCCCAACAAUUUUAUGUUGCACAAAAUAUUACAUAGAAUUUCAAAACAUCACAUCAGUGCAAAUUUGUUGCACAAUAAAUGAGUUCAAUGGUAACUGGUACAGUAAAUCCUUAAAACCGGAUUGUCAUGGAGAAAUCCAGCGCAGCCACACCAGCAACAUCAAAGUCGUCUUCAUCAGAAAGAUGCUGCAAAGAAACUCACCUGGAGUGAGUUUUUUUAAAUUUAUUUACAAUAUCUGAUUUCUUUUUCUUCCACUGUUGUGAGACAUAUUGAGUUUAGAUUUUUACUUUUAGUAUUUUUUGGGGACCCUUCCAUUGGGGGUACAAAUCUAAUCGAUCCGGACCAAAACAGUGGAGCUCGACACACUGUAAUCCGCACCCUGGUUUUAAAAAAAACGUUACUUCCCAUGCGACCUGGCAUAAAAAAAAGCAGGAAUCUGUUUAGAAUAACAGAUUUUCUUUUAAGUUGAUUAACUCCAUUUAAAAUGGUGUUAAGAAGCACCACCAAGAAGAAAGAACAAACUGGUGGAUGACUGCCAUUCUCCUCUCUUUCUGAGUCGUCUUUUGGUUAUACUGCGAUAGCGCCAUGCUAGCUGAUACUCCGCCUCUCAGGUAAGGUUAUGGUUGGCUGUGGAAACGCAACAAGAUUACAGUUUACAAACCGUAUCUCCACCCUAACUGUCCCGGCCUGACUCGUACUCGUUGGUGGAAACGAUACUUUAUAGAACUAGCUCCCUGCGUUCAGGAGGCAGACACCAUCUCUACCUUUUAGGUUCAGGCUAAAAACUUCCUUUUUGAUAAAUCUUAUAGUUAGGAGUUGUUAGCCAUGUCUUAGUUAUGCUGCCAUAGGCUCAAGGCCCAUUUAUGCUUGACGCAGACGACGGAUACGCAGACGGACAGUUUAGUUUCUCUCCUGCGUCCGUUACACACAUAAUUUGGUCCUUUUUCACAGAGAUUAGCUAUCUGUCGCUUGACGCAGAAAACUAAGCAAUACCAUCAUAAAUCACAGGGGCAGUGCUGAGCAGAAUCGGCCAGUGAAAGAAAUAAUCCAGAGAAGAAGAAGAACAAGAAGGAAAAAAAGAACAACAAAAAAUGUGGAAAUUUUUCAAGCUUUUGAAGAAAGGCUUUGCGAAUGUUGGGCGGUUGGAAACAACCUUAUAGCAGCACAAUUCUGCCGCCAACCGGUGUCUGAAACUGCUGUCAGAUCACUCUGAACUCAGCACUGCCCACUAGUGGAGGAAUUGAUCUAAGGACCAUGGCAACGUAAAAGACGCAUGGAAGUAUGAGGACGGGCAUCUCUGUUUACGUACUUAAGGGAGCAUAAAUGGGCUUUUACGAUGUAAUGAGCACUUCCUUUUCAUCUCACUGUGCUUCAUCUUUUGUGUAUAAACAUAUGACAGUAUUUGCAUAGUUAACGUAUUUCUGCCUGUUGAUCUCUCUUUCCUGUCCUCUACAACCCAACCGGUCGAGGCUGUAUUUGCAUUCUUGUUCUUUCAGUCAUUACGCAACUCGUGACCAUAAGGUGACCUUUUAGCUCAGCUCUUUUUUCACCACGACAGACUGCCGCAGCGCCUGCAUCACAGCCGACACUGCACCAAUCCGCCUUUCAGUUUCCCGGGAGAUUUAUCUCCAGUAGACUAAUUGCAAAGAUUUAUUGAUAUUUGCAACCAAAGAUGUUUCUACACUUUAUUUUAAACCUAUUUGGGAGAAGGAGGCCAAAAUAAUAAUCUUAGAAGAGGAGGCACUUCAAACUCAGGUCAUUGGAAGGAAUUUAUGUGGAAAAAUAUGAUCUGAUUUUUCAUUAUUCCCAAAUUAAAACAAACUGAAACGGGCCUACCAAGUCAUUUCACAUUUUGUGGGAUUGUCCAAGAAUUCUGCUUUGUUGUAUUGAACUGAUAAAAAUGAUUAAAACAAUAAUGGGGUUUGAGAUUAAACAUGAUUUCUGUGAAUGUAUCUUGGAAACAAACCACCCACAAUCAAUUCUAGAGACAAAUACCUGAUCAAUAUAAUGCUGGCAGCCAGUAAAGAAGCUACAACCAAGUGGCUAAGCGAAGAACCCCCAAGACAGAAGGAAUGGAUUGGACUUGUUAAGGAGAUAUAGAACAUGCAAAACAUAGUUUUCUUAUUAAACCUUUAUUUGGACAAAUUUACAAAUUGGCUAAAAUGGACACUCCUGGAAGAUGAGACAUCCCAAUAAUACAGCGAUAUAUCUGAAUACUUAUGUGUUUCAUUAUCAAAAUUUGUAAAUAUGCACACCAGGAAAGUGUGAACGCGUCAUGUCAGUGGAUGUAGGUGCAUCAGUCGAGGUACCGAUGUGUGCAAUAAAAAUCUGUACAUAUGUAUGUAUUUGUAGACUUGAGGGUAGAUGUAUGUUCUCAAAUACAUGUCUAAAGUAUGAAACUCCUUAAUGGAUGGACAGUGGCCAGCUCUUGUAAAGCGAUACAGGUGCCCAGUGCAGACUCUUACAUCAAAGCUAUCUUAAUGCUUGCCAGGAGCUAUCGGAUGAAUCAUGUACAUGGACAUGACCUGAUGUCCCAUGAGAAUAUAUCUGCAUGGUCAGACAUGGACUGAAACAGGAUAAGAUUUAGGCUAAGUUGACCCUCUUAAGUCAUGAUGGGACAAAUUGUGACUCACUUUAUUUUUGUACCUUUGGUGUUUGACACGUCUCUUUUUUUACGUUCUUUUGUCAUUGCAUUUUUUUGUUUUGUCUGUUAAGAAACGUAAAAUCUAUUAAAAAUAAAGUAAUUAUUUUAAAAAUCA